AUGGAGGCCUCAAACGACGAGGUGUCUCGGCGACAGCUCGAGCAAGCUGCUGGGAAGCGUGUCUCGCGUGCUUGUCUGCAUUGCAGGCAGCGAAAAUCACGAUGUGACCUAGAUAGCAAUGGCAACCCUGGCAAGCCACCAUGCCAGAGAUGUGUCAGAGAGAAUCGCGACUGCGUGCUCGGUGGCUCCAAUCGCGGUGGUCGUCGCAUUCGUAAGAACAAAAUAAAGCACUUCACUCCUGCUUCAGAGUAUUCACCCAAAAAUGGAUCCACGGACGCCGGGACAAGUCCGAAUAUCCUGAAUAGCCUCGGUGCACCGUCGGGGACGUCGUAUCCCGGUCCUGUGGUUUUUCUCCCACCGGAUCCGUCGGCUGAGGGCUCUACGUCGUCGACGGCAGUAGUGGCUAUCGACGGGGACGAGGAAGCUGCUAUCGACACUGUACCCCGGAAUCCAUCUGAUGCGUGGCAGUGUUUGACUGAUAUCGCCACGAAGUCGACCCCAGCCGUCCCUGAAACCCAGAUUGGAAAUUCUGGUCGAUCCGGAUCAAUCUCAGCUUACCGUGGCACGCGCAGUGGCAUCUUGCCUGAGUUCAACACAUCAGCCACAGGUAUUCGAGCCUAUCGACUGGUUCACUCCCGAGCCCUGGACUCGGGCAUUGUAUGGCAGCUGAUCACCCGCUACGCUGAAAAUUUCCAUCCAUAUCUUCCCCUGGUGCCUCGGAAAUACUUCGAAUAUGCUGCCCUCGACGACUUCGCCAACAACGAGAAACAUCUUUUGACAGCGGUCUUGACCAUCGCCUCGAAGGAUCUCAUUGAACGGCCUGAGAUUCACGAAUACUGUUCGAAGUACAUGCACGAGCUGAUCUCCGGCAUCGCCGCUGGUGCAGAGUGCGACGUGGAGGCAGUCGAGGCACUGCUACUUCUUGCGGAGUGGGAACCGCAGGGGCUUCGCCCCCGAAUUGAGCGAGUCGGCCGAGGCGAAGAAGAUCGUGCCGCAUGGAUGCACGUUGGCCUAGCAUUACGCUCGGGCUACUUCAUCGGACUGGACAGAACAUCGUUUCGAGGUGACCCGCACGGAGACCAGGAAUCAGAGGCACGCCGGCGUCUGGCCUGGGCGAGCGCCUAUGUUUCUGACCGACUGAUCUCUGUACGAAUCGGACGUGCGUUCUGGUCGCGUGGCCCUGGACCCAUGACCGGUCUGUCGAGUCACGAUUUUCCCUCCUUGCAGCCAGUCAAAGAGAGUGACGAGGAUUAUUCGAAGAUUUAUCAGGCAAUGCUUGACCUGACCCAGCUCUACGGCAAUGUGCAUGAAGUGCUCUACUCGGGUAUGCGCACGAGUAAUCAGAUGAUGUUGAUGGGGGAUUACGUCAAAUAUGUUGACGAUUUUCGCCUGGCCAUUCUGCGAUGGAAGUCUCUAUGGGGACCAUUAGAUUGCUCGCCUCCCAUGCGCGCAACGCUUCAGCUGUCAUAUGAGUACCUGCGUCUUUAUACGACUGCAUUUGCGUUUCAAGCUGCCAUCUCUCAAUGCUUAGCAAGGCCCAGAACAGACGGCAGCACGCAUCGCGAACGACUCAGGGCGACCUUCAAGAAUGUGGCCUCGAUGCAGGACUCUCGGUUCAUAUAUGAAUCAGUUGAUGCUGCGAACGCGUAUUUGACAAUCCUUGUAGACUCGGUGAACCCAGAAAGACAUUUGCAUUUCAUGCCUCUGCGAUUUUAUCUCUACGGUAUCUACUCUGCCGUUUUUCUUUACAAAGCUCGUUCUUUUGGAAUGAUGCUUCCAUCUGAGGAAGCCAAAGUCCAAGGUCUUGUGGCUCGAACCACCGAGGUUCUCAAACGUGCAAGUGCAGGCCCAGACGACAUCGGAGCGCGCUAUUCUCGUCUGCUUGAGCUUCUCUGGCGACCGAAGACUCAACCUGCGACAAGUCAAUCAGCAGAGCCACGUGGAUCGACUGAUUUUCAAUUGCAAUCCGCACUCUCGAAUCCGGUCUCGGAUUCCACAUACAUGGACUUUAGCCCAGCACAUGAUUUCUCGUGGCUAGAUCUGGAAGCUGUGGGUGAUUACGUCUCUGGUGAUCAAACACCAGGUGGACUGCUCGGCCUUGAUGUAUUCCAGAAUGAGGCCAUUCCAUAUCAGGGUGGCCAAGACCGCUCACAGUUCUGGCAAUCAUCUGCGUGGAUGGGUGACAUGAGCAGCAAUCUACUCUUUUAG